AUGCAGGCUUUCAUUUUCCAAGAUUGGUCGUGGCUUCUGGUGUUCACAGUCCUUUGGAGCAUUCUUGUGUUGAUAUGGCUCGAAUCUUCGAGCAAGUCCGCGGGAGCCGGGUCCAAUUGGCUACCGCUGGCUAUGGCGGUUCCUUUUCUCGGCUAUCCAUGCUAUUGGGUGAGCAUGAUGCCGUAUACCUGGGAGAGUGAUCUUUGGACUGUUCAGGUUGACUUAACCCUGGCCUUGUGGCUGCUGCUUUAUGGUGCCGGAGGCGCCGAAGGCGCCGUCGACAGCUUGAGCAGCACCAUUCAUGAGAUGUUUUCUGCCUACUAUCUGGCUGCCGGCUUCUGGAAGCUCAACGCCGACUUUCUGGAUCCAAUGGCCAGCUGCGCGGGGGUGUUUUUUUCCCAGCACGUCACCCGAUACUUUGGGACUCUGUCGUGGGAGUCUCAGGUGGAGCUUGGGAGGUCAGUGCUGCCUUGGGUGCCAUUGGGAGGAGUAGCAGUCGAAGUCUCAAUGGGAUUGGUCUUCUUGCUGGGUCGUUUGGAUAGGCGAUGUGCACGGCUGGGUCUUCUCUACAUCCUGUGCUUCCAUUUGUGGGUGUGCCUUACUCCUGAACCGAACAAUAUCUCCUUGUUCGCAGUGCAGUGCGCUUCUCGGCUUACAAUCGUGUUGGACCCGUCAGCAUUGCGUGCUGCAUCGAUGAAGAUCGGCUCCUAUGCUUUUGUCUUUUCAGCUCUGGGGAUUGUGGCGGUGGCAUGCGGCAUCCAAGCGGGUUUUACUCCGCUGAAUUGGGGCUUCUUGGUCUUCAUCCCACUCUUCCUUUUCAUGCAUCUCGUCGUGUUCGUGGAGACAGGAGCAAAGGCGACGUCGCCAUGCACGCUCUCAAGAAGGCGCCCCUGGUGGACUUACUUGGCCACCAUUUUCGCGUGGGCGUACUCUUUUGGGACGAUCAUGCUCGGCGUUAUGGAAGAAGCAACUCCGAACAUGUUCGCGAAUCUGAAGAUUCACGGAGGCUCCAACCACCUGCUGCUUCCCACGGGUCUACUCUUCAAAUGGUUUGGAGAGGCAGGGGACUCCCAUCCCUACGGAGGGGGCGUGAUUCGCAUGGAGACCACGACCUCGAGCUGGCUCCAGACCAUCUAUCCCUGCGACCUGACGCACGUCCUUCAGCCCAGCGCAGCCCCCGAUCUGCUGGAGGUCUUGGGAUCCCCCAGGCCCGUCUUCCUGAAUUCAGGUGCCAACCGCAUCUUGGGUCUCCGAGAGAAAGGGUUCGUUCCACCACCGCCGCACGGAAAGCUCCUGCAGUACACCACGCCAGCGGUGGAGUGGAAGCGUCUGAACUUUGGCUUUUGA